AUCCCUAGUCGACGCAUUAGCCGUCCGACGACUCGCGUAUAUUUUAUGUUCGUGUUUACGAGUCGUGCCGCGACCGACACACACGCGCAGUCAUAUCUUUCACGGCGGUGAGUCCGAAGCAGUCGAAUGCGAUAGCGCGCGAGAGACCGACACAACAAUAAUAAUAACAUUAUACGACGACCAUUGAAUAUUAUACGAUUACGUUGUUUCGCGUCAAUAUAACAAUAUAACCUACCCGUGUUUGGGUGAAAUAUCGAUUUUUAUCACCUUAAAAUCGGAAUGUUAUUAUCGGACGCGAGUAACUAUCUGUUUUUCGUCCGACGGUUAUACGACGCAGCCGCAACUGAUACGCGAGUGGUGUGAAUUAUUAACAAUACAGCGAAUAUUAUUAUUAUUACUAUUAUUAUUAUUAUUAUUAUUAUUAUUGUUAUAAAGUAAAAAUAACUUAAAUAUUUUCGGCGUGCGUUUUUAUUCGUACGUUUGUUUUUAUUUUUAUUUUUUUUAACGUCCAGAUCGCGUCUCCGACAAAUCGCCACUGCGUUUUUUGGUCAGAGGUGCCUCGAAAAGGCCCCGGCGGUGGCCCAGCGUUGAGAUGCUUCAGGAGUCUAGAGUUCCGCGCUUUUAGAAUCGCCUAUUUAUUACGAACAUAUUAGUAUUUAUAAUAUCAUACAUAAAAUUUGGAUAUUCGUGCGAGAAAACCGAGUAAAAUGUUUGACUUCUUGUUGACGUGCGACACCUAUACGGUUGCGGUGACCGCCUUGCUUGUGGUCGUGCUCCUGUACUGGGUGUUCGAAGUGCACUACUUUGCCCGGACGCUUUGGUGCGCGACCAUGUGCCGGAUUCUUAAAAAGUACGUGCACAUACUGGACACAACUUCUUACUCUUCGGCGUGUUUGACUACGGACGUGGACUUCCUGCUGUUCCACAUGAACAACUCAAGGUACCUGCGGGAGGUGGACUUCGCCCGGACCGAGUUCUACAUGCGCACAGGGCUGUGGAAAGCGAUUCGGGAAAAGGGUGGGCUUCCUGUGCAAGGGGGCACCAGCAUCCGGUACCGGAAGUUCAUCCGAACGUUCAGUCUGUACAGCAUAUCGUCCCGGAUCGUUUACUGGGACCGAGAUUCGAUUUACAUGGAGCAUAGGUUCGUGAGUCGGGGCGACGACUUCGUCAACGCCAUCGUUCACUGCCGGCAGAGGGUAAUCAACUGUGACGUUGAGAUGCUGAUGGGUGAGCUACUGGCCAAGCACGCCAAGGACAGUCCCGGAGAUCAGGAGGCGCCCCGGAUGAAGCCUGAGUGCCCAUUGGAAAUCCACCACUGGAUGCAGGCGAACAUGGUGUCCAGUGCCAACUUGCGCAACGGAAACUGACAAUAAUUGUUCUUCUACGAUAACCUCCCCCCAAAACACACCCAAGACCUUUCGAGUACCGUCAUCGAUCCCAUUCACGGCAGCGAGCUCGUCGAGGCCUGCCACGCGCUUACACAGUUUUGAGACCGUCCUGAGGUCGACGACGACGACUCAAAGGACGGUCUCAAGUCCCGACAAUGACGAAAUACCUCAGGAGACGUUACUGAUUGGAUUCCAGUAGGUUAACGCGAAUUUUUCGAUUUUGUUCGCUUGUCCACGUCGGAGCCAUAGGUCUUGCGGUUUCCCGGCUGUCUUAAAACCGCGAUGAUAGGACCACACUUAAAUUAUUACGUUUUUUGACUGAAUUUUAACGUCACUUUACGUCGUUAUGUGAUCAUUAUUAGCCUAGGCCAUUUUAUUGUUGCAUUUAUGGACGUAGGGCGUCGUGUUUUUUUAUAAUUUUAUUAAUUUAUAUAAUUUAUUUUAAAUAUUUAUUAUUUAUAUACGGGUGACGUCACGUUUCGUGUAAUUCGUUUUAACCUAUCGCACUCGCCCGUGCCUUUGAUCAAAAUAUUGCUUAGCCCUGCUAUACAAUUUGUAAUUGUUUUGGGAACGACGUAGGUACUCGAGAGCUCAUCAUUUUAUGUAAAUUACAAUUAUUUUAACUCUAAUAGUAUUAAGAUCAAUGCAAUUCUAGUCAUUAGUUUUUUUUUCUACAAUUCAUUUUAUACACAAUACUACUUUUGUAACAAUAAGAAAAUACGUAUGUUAAAGUUAAGUCUGUUAAACAUAUAAUUUUGUAUCAAUAAUUAUUAUUUAAAUAUCAUAUUCUGUAAGCCUUUUAUAUAGUGUGAAAACACGAGUACUGAUGUCCUUGACCCUUAUACAAACUAUUAAUUUAGAGUAGGCAUAGGUUAAUAAUCGAUCUUGAUCGAGUUGAUCGUUUUGAAAAUUUUGUGAUAUUGUAUACUAUAUUUAAUUUUUUUUAUAUAUGUAUUAUUAGUUUGGACUUUAUGUAAAAAAGAGUGAGCUGUACGUGCUCACAACUGUUUUACUGAAGUGUAGACACGUUUGUUGUUUAUUGUUUGUUAGCAACGUGUGAAUUUGAUAAGUGUAAACUAUUAUUAUAGUAUCGUAAUUUGUAUUUUUUCACUGAAAAUUAAGAAAUUUUAGUUCGUUUACUGCUAAAUAAUGUUUAAUAACAAAAAUCAUUCACGUAAA